AUGCUGCUAUAUUCAUCUUUGUUCAUUCCCUUCCUCGUAUUGGUUUUCAAGCUUUUGUUAGGGACCAACUCCAAGAACCUUCCACCAAGCCUGUUUGCGAUUCCAUUUCUGGGGCAUCUCCAUCUCCUAAAGAAGCCCCUCCAUCGAACACUCCACAAUCUCUCACAAAAAUACGGCCCUGUCUUCUGUCUUAGGUUUGGUUCACAACUUAUGCUUGUCGUAUCAUCUCCCUCGGCUGUCGAGGAAGGUUUUUCCAAAAAUGAUAUAAUUUUUGCAAACCGCCCUCGCUUUACCAUAAACAAGUACACGGGCUACAAUUGUACCACCCUUGCUACAUCAUCCUAUGGCGAUCACUGGCGCAACCUUUGUCGCAUAAUCAAGCUUGAGGUGCUAUCAUCUGAUCGAUUAAACAUGUCAACAGGCAUUCGAAAGGAUGAAAUCAAAAUUCUACUACGCAAGUUAUAUCAUAUUUCAGGAUAUGAGUUCAGCAAAAUAGAUUUAAGACCAAUGUUUACAGAGCUGACAUUUAAUGUCACAAUGAGGAUGAUUACAGGGAAACGACAUUGUGGUGAAGAAGCGGCUGGAACCGAACAAGCCAAGCAAUUUGGGGAACUUAUAGAAGAAGUUUUUUCUUAUGCAGGUGUGUCAUAUGCAGGGGACUUUCUGCCUCUUUUCAAGUAUUUUGAUAGGCAAGGAUAUGUAAAGAAGGUCAUGAAGUUUGGUCAGAAGUUAGAUCUGUUCUUUCAAGGUUUGAUUGAUUAG